AUGGCUUCACGAGUCAACAUGCGACCCACCAACAAGAACACGCUGCUCAAAGUGGUGAUUUUGGGGGAUGGGGGCGUCGGGAAGAGCUGUCUGAUGAACAGGUUCGUCUCGAAUCAGUUCGACGAGCACUCGUUUCACACCAUUGGGGUGGAAUUCCUGAACAAGGACAUAGAAAUUGACGGGGAAACAUACACUCUACAGAUUUGGGACACUGCGGGACAGGAACGGUUCAAGACGCUCCGGACGCCCUUUUACCGAGGGAGCGAUAUCUGCAUGCUGACCUACGCAGUGGACGACAAACACAGCUUCCGGAACCUACAAAUGUGGAAAAACGAGUUCCUUUAUUACGCCGAUGUUAAGGAAAACGUCCAGUUUCCUUUUAUCGUGGUUGGAAACAAGUCCGACGUUGAACAAAAUGAACGUGAGGUUUCGCAAAUCGAAAUGGAGACCUGGUGCACCGAAAACGGCAUUUCUGCAUGCAUUGAAACGUCCGCCAAGAACGCAAGUAACGUCCACGAUGCGUUUGCAAUAGCCGUUCAACAUUGGUUGAAACUGGAGACAAGAGCCGAUAAAAACGACUGUAUCUAUGCCGAUACGGUUGAUUUAACUAAGAAACAAUCAGAGAACCGAACUUCUUGUUGUAUUAACACCUCUGACGAGUAAUUUUUAAUAAUUUGACUCAGUUUUGCCGGAUGGAGGUUGUGUAUUGUCUUAUUCCAAAGAAUAGUUAAAUAUCAAACAUUCUACUAAACAAAUUGUGAUAACUCUUCUUAAUUUCCAUAUUUCAAGUGUGUAGGUCUUAGAGCAUUUUUAUUUUGUACAUUCUUUAUUGUACUCAUUGUAAAUAUAUCUCAGGAGCACCAAAUUAUGCGGCCUUUUGCUAUCAGUUAAUUUGCUUCAAGCACUCUGUAUAUAUUAGUGCUGUUAGCUUUUGUACUGCAACGUUUUGAUAAGGCAUAUCAAUUCUCGAAUUGGAAUCGUUCAGUAUUUCGGUGCUGUUAUUAUUUAUUAAUUGUAUCGGCACGUUCAAUAGAUCUGUUGUAAAAUAA